UCAUGGCGCCAAAGUGCUUUCCUUUACACUGUUCGGCGAGUGGAAUGCUGCUCCGCCUCCUUCUGUGAUUUCCAUUGGCUGCAGCCUACACAGGAGUGACCCCCGGGAGACCCGAAAACCACGCAAUGGAGGCAGUGAGUUUUGAGGAUGUGGCUGUGAACUUCACCAAGGAGGAGUGGUCUUCAUUGGAUCCAUCCCAAAAGAAGCUCUACAGAGAUGUGACAGCGGAAACCCUUAGGAACCUGGCUGCUGUAGGAAACACCUUGGAUAACCAGGAAGUUGAAGAAUACAAAAAUUACUGGAGAAGCCUAAGAAACAAAGAGGUAGUGGAAUGCUAUCAUUGGAAAUCUUGGAAUCAACAUGAAGAAGUAUUCCUUUGCAAUCCAGAUACUAAUUUGAAUGUUAAACAAGCUGACUUAACACCAGCUGAAAGCCUUGCUUGUAGGCAGGCUCUGAUUGGGCCUUUGUCACUAACUGUGCCUAUCAUUGCUCACACUGCACUGAAGCCAUAUAAACACUUGGGAUCUGAAGAGAAGGUAUAUAAAGGUAAUCAACAUACAGGAAACUCCAGUGAUUUACAGUCCCUUCAGAAGCAUGCAAAGUCAAAGGAUGGAGAGAAACCCUGUGAAUGUGAUCAGUGUGGGAAAUCCUACUCUGAUCUUAGUGAAAGAACUCAAGUGAAAGAUAAAGGUUCUGUAUAUAAGAAAAAUUUGAAAUCCUCCAGCACACACAGUGAUGUUCAGAUCCAUGAAAGAAAUCACAGUGGGGGAAAACUCUAUGUAUGUAAGCAAUGUGGGAAAGCUUUCAGCAGAAACAGUCAUUAUCAAAGUCAUGAAAAGGCUCACACUGAAAGGAAACCCUACGUAUGUGAGCACUGUGGGAAAGCUUUCAACACAUGUAGUGCUUGUCAGAGACAUGAAAGAAUUCACACUGGGGAGAAACCUUAUGUAUGUAAGCACUGUGGGAAAGCUUUCAGGACACAGAGUGAUUAUAAAGUACAUGAAAGGCUUCACACUGGGGAGAAACCCUAUGUAUGUAAGCAAUGUGGGAAAGCUUUCAGGACACAGAGUGUUUUUAAAGUACAUGAAAUGACUCACACUGGGGAGAAACCAUACAUAUGUAAGCACUGUGGGAAAGCUUUCAGGACACAGAGUGAAUGUAAAGUACAUGAAAGACUUCAUACUGGAGAGAAACCCUAUGUAUGUGAGUACUGUGGGAAAGCUUUCAGCACACGUACAAAUUGUCAAAGUCAUGAAAGAAUUCACACUGGGGAGAAACCAUAUGUAUGUGAGCACUGUGGGAAAGCUUUCAGGACACAGAGUGAUUGUAAAGUACAUGAAAGGCUUCACACUGGGGAGAAACCCUAUGUAUGUAAGCAAUGUGGGAAAGCUUUCAGCAGACAAGAUUAUUGCCAAAAACAUGAAACACUUCACACUGGGGAGAAACCCUAUGUAUGUAAGCAGUGUGGGAAAUCUUUCAGGAGACAGAGUGAUUGUAAAGUACAUGAAAGGCUUCACACUGGGGAGAAACCGUAUGUAUGUAAGCACUGUGGGAUAGCUUUCAGGAGACAGAAUGUUUUUAAAGUACAUGAAAUGACUCACACUGGGGAGAAACCCUACAUAUGUGAGCACUGUGGGAAAGCUUUCAGGACACAGAGUGAUUGUAAAGUACAUGAAAGGCUUCACACUGGGGAGAAACCCUAUGUAUGUAAGCAAUGUGGGAAAGCUUUCAGCACACAUGGUUAUUGCCAAAAACAUGAAGCACUUCACACAGUGGAGAAACCCUAUGUAUGUAAGCAGUGUGGGAAAUCUUUCAGGAGACAGAGUUAUUGUAAAGUACAUGAAAGGCUUCACACUGGGGCUAAACCCUAUGUAUGUAAGCAAUGUGGGAAAGCUUUCAGGACACAGAGUGUUUUUAAAGUACAUGAAAUGACUCACACUGGGGAGAAACCAUACAUAUGCAAGCACUGUGGGAAAGCUUUCAGGACACAGAGUGAAUGUAAAGUACAUGAAAGACUUCAUACUGGAGAGAAACCCUAUGUAUGUGAGUACUGUGGGAAAGCUUUUAGCACACGUACAAAUUGUCAAAGCCAUAAAAGAAUUCACACUGGGGAGAAACCAUAUGUAUGUGAGCACUGUGGGAAAGCUUUCAGGACACAGAGUGGUUGUAAAGUACAUGAAAGAAUUCACACUGGGGAGAAACCCUAUGUAUGUAAGCAAUGUGGGAUAGCUUUCAGGACACAGAGUGUUUUUAAAGUACAUGAAAGAAUUCACACUGGGGAGAAACCCUAUGUAUGUAAGCAAUGUGGGACAGCUUUCAGGACACAGAGUGUUUUUAAAGUACAUGAAAGGACUCACACUGUGGAGAAACCCUACAUAUGUAAACACCGGGGAAGCCUUCAGCACAUGUAGGCAUUGUCAAAGCCAUGAAAGAAUUCACACUGGGCAGAAACCAUAUUAUGUAAGCACUGUGGAAAAGCUUUCAGGACACAGAAUUUUUGUAAAGUACAUGAAAAUUCACACUGGGGAGAAACCCUACAUAUGUAAGCACUGGGGAAGCUUUCAGCACACACAACAGUUGCAAAAUACAUGAAAGCCUUCACACUGGGGAGAAACCCUAUGUAUGUAAGCAAUUUGGGAAAGCUUUCAGCAGACAUGUUUAUUGCC